GUCGUUCAUCUGAAUUCGACAUUCAUUCUCCGCGACAAAGCAUUCACAUCUGCCAAGUAUCCAAAGCAUUCACGCCAUACUACACCAGAAUGUCCGAGUUAAAAAAUGCCGCAGGUCUCAGCAAUGAGGAAAUUCAAGCAUACAGAGAUGCUUUCUCCAUUUUCGAUAAAGACGGUGAUGGAACCAUAUCCACCGCCGAGCUCGCAGAAGCCAUGAAAUCUUUGGGACAAAACCCAUCUGAUGCGGAAAUCCAAGACAUGAUUAAUGAGGUUGAUGUUGAUCAGUCUGGAACAGUCGAUUUUGAUGAAUUCCUCAAGAUGAUGACUGCCGAAACAAAGGGUGUUGACUUUGAACAAGAAAUGCGCAGCGCUUUCCAAGUAUUCGAUGUUGAUGGAAGUGGCACAAUUUCCCCAGAAGAAAUCUACAAGUUGAUGGCAUCUUUAGGAGAGAAUUUGUCAGAGGAGGAGAUUAAGAGCAUGGUGAAGGAGGUUGACAAGAACGGUGACGGAAGCAUAGAUUAUGAGGAGUUCGUUUCAUUCAUUCGCGACAACAAAUAAGGAAUCAGCACUAAUUGGGGGAAAUUUAUGAAAUUGGGAGAAAUUUUGGAUCUCAUAUGACUUUACAUAAAAUACCAUAGGAAUAUACA